AUGACAGUCUAUCCUGGAGGCUACAACUUGGUAUAUGUUCCAUCAAUUGCGUCCCCAGUAGUUACAGGUUCACUUAUUGUGCCACAAUACAUGAACAACUAUUGCCAACUUGUCGAUACAUCGCCAAUGUCUUCACCUACAUCUUCACCCAUGACCUCACCAAUACUCCAUGCUCCACCUGUUGAUUUCAAUGCACUUAUCAUUGACUCCAACAACAAUCUUCAACUAUCAACAACCUUGGAUACUAAUAACUAUAAUAAUAUAAUUCAAUCACCUUACACCUCCACCCUAUCAUGCCAAACUGGACCAACACCGGACAGUCCAGAUAUCAGCUCGGACAACAUUGGAUUCAUACCACCCAAGUCUGAUUCACCCAAGUUCCUACCAGUGAACAAGAGCACAUUCUACGCCAAUGGCAUACCUUUACCAACAGAGUACUCGUCAUACUCUUCACCAUUCUACCGUAACUUUUAUCAUAACAUUGAGUUCUUGUUGCAUGAACCAAUGAUCCAAGCCAAGUAUGAAGGCUGUCGAGUAUAUAUCUCGGACCAAGUUGGAUACGGUGGCAAUGCCAAGAAGUUCUGUAACAAUCCAUCAACAUCUGAUGAGACUGCACUACUCUUGGAGGCACAAGUGCUCGACCACCAAUUCAAUCCACUUCCACAAUGCAGCUGCUGCAAGGACUACUUCCAGUCACGAUUCUACUUUGCAAACAAUCCACAAUGUAAAGAUAGACUUGUGUUGAUCAAGAGUAAUGUAUCCUGCCUGGUGAAGGAAGGAUCAUUGGUCGCUCAGAUCAAGGUAAUGUGUUGCUCCAAGCAUCAUAACAACAACCAUUUGGUUAUUCACCUGUGGCUAAGAGACUACCAAACCAAUGAGGUCAUCAUGUCAUCAGUUCUCUCAUCCUUUGUCAAACAAUGGAAGAGGAGCAAGACGACAUAG